AUGGUUGCGGACACCGCAUACUACGACACUCUGGGUGUUCAACCCACGGCUUCCGAGCUCGAGAUCAAGAAGGCCUACCGCAAGCUGGCCAUCGUCCACCACCCAGCGAACCGCUCGCGCACGCAGAUCCCGCUGCGCCCGGCCCUCAUGGACCGCCCCUCGGACGAGGCGUCAGCGGCGACGGCGGCGGCGGCGGCGGUUCCCGAGACGGAAGAGUCGCUGCGCGAAAAGGAGAAGAAGAAGGGCGGCCUCAACAAGGAGCAGCGCGAGCAGCUCGCGGCCAUGGAGGCGCAACGGGCGCUCGUGCGGCAGGAGCGCGUCGACACGCUGGCGCGCAAGCUCAUCGACCGCGUCAGCGUGUGGACCGAGACGGACCGCGGCGAGGCCGUGACGCGGGCGUUCCAGGAGAAGACGCGCCUCGAGGAGGCCAACAUGAAGAUGGAGUCGUUCGGCCUCGACAUUCUCCACGCCAUCGGCCAGACGUACCUCGCCAAGGCGACGAACCUGCUGCGCUCCCAAAAGUUCCUCGGCAUCGGCGGCUUCUUCAGCCGCGUCCGCGACAAGGGCACCCUCGUCAAGGAGACGUGGGGCACCAUCUCGUCGGCCAUUGACGCCCAGCAGACCAUUGAGGAGAUGGCCCGCAUGGAGGAGCAGGGCGGCGACGACUGGUCCGACGAGCAAAAGGCCGAGUUUGAGCGCCGCGUCACCGGCAAGAUCCUCACCGCCGCCUGGCGCGGCUCCAAGUUUGAGAUUCAGAGCGUCCUGCGCGAGGUCUGCGACCAGGUCCUCUACGACAAGAAGGUGCCCCUGCAGAAGCGUCUCCAGCGCGCCGAGGCGCUGGUCCUCAUUGGCGACAUUUUCAUCAAGGCGAAACGCUCCCCCGAAGAGGAGGGCGACCACCUCGUCUUCGAGCAGCUCGUCGCCGAGGCGGCCAUCAAGCGCGAAAAGGACACGAAGAAGAAGUCGGGCAAGAAGCACCACCUGCACCCCCACCACGACGAGGCCGAGAAGACGGCCGCCGACGCGCCGAACGUGCCCAAGGAGAAGGCCGACCUGUGA